CCGACCCGUGCCGGGGUCAGUAUCGGCCAGGAACGGUGGAGGUUACCAGUGCAACCGGUAGUGUCCACGGGCUGCAGCACGAGGGAACCGGCUUCGUACUGGCCCGUAACCGCCAACAGCCGCCCCAUCAUCAUCAUCAUCACCGGCAACGGCAACGCCAUCGCCUGCACCAACUCGACGACCAGCGGCAGCAACACCCCGCGACGACGCCCACCGGCACCAGCAGUAACACUUCCUCCACCUCCCUGGCAACCGAAAGGUUAAUAACGUUCGGUAAAAUUAGGAGAUUCCGGGAAACGAGUGCCGCCUCACCGUCGUCGAGGACGUCGCCGGCAACGCCAAGUGCACAAUCGCUUCUGAUGAUGAUGAUGGCCACAGCGACGAAGGGCAAACGCCCGCUCCGUCACCUUACGGCGACGGAUAAAAUCGACGCGAUCCAGCGGAUCCACGACGGCGAAUCGAAGGCGUCGGUAGCGCGUGAUAUCGGCGUGCCGGAGUCGACGCUGCGCGGCUGGUGUAAGAAUGAGGAGAAGCUACGCUACAUGUCACGCCAGUCGGUGGAAAACGCGGAAAAGCUUAGCAACGAGGCAACGGCAGUCGCCCUAACAGCGGCCGCUGCUGCCGAGCUGUUCAGCGGACCACCGGAGAAGCGGCUAAAGCUCGAAUCGGCCAUGUUCGGCGGCAAUGGCAAGCUCAAGUACGACGACAGCUUCUACAAGGUAGCGGCCGCCGCACGAGGAUCACUUAACGGGCUCGAUCUGUCCGGGGGUGGCGGUGCUGGCGGUGGUGUCGACAAAAGUGGAUCGCUCGGCGUGUCCGGUGGGGAUAUUAUCAUGAACGGGUUGGCUGGCGCAUCGGCUGACUUUAGUCAGUUUGCUAAGACUGCGGCAGAAAUUUCGGCCCUUAGCAAAUCGAAGGCGUACGGUGCGGAUCUCAGCAAACACCAUCACCACGGCGGCGAUCCAACCAAGUCCGAUCAUCACCUUUCAAUGGCGGCCAUCAGUCCGCUGACGAGUCUCAGCCACCUGUCGGGGAUGUCCGGGUUGGGUCAGAGUCCGCUAGCGUUAAGCUUCAACGAUAUCGCUACCAAUCUGAACCUGAUCGCACAGCUGAAUAACAACCACAAUCUGGCAACCAUGUCCAGUCUGGCCGGUGGACUCAAUACGGCGGCAGCUGCUGCUGCUGCCGCACAAUCCCUGCGUAACGUUCGUCCCAAGGGUUCCGGAAGCUCGGCAGCCAACAACAAUGGAUCCGGUGUUGGAGCAGCAACCGGUCGGGGUAGCACUCUGCAAGAUAAUAGCAACGCUGGUGUUGGAGGAGGCGGAGCAGGUGGCGGCUCUGGUGGCGGAAACAAUACGGACAAGUCAUCGUCGUCCGGUGGCAAUUCGACCGUUCCUUCGCUGACGGUUCGCAAUCUAGCCAAGCUGCAGCAACAGAAAAGCUCGUCCGGCGAGCUCCUCGGUAACGGUAUGCUUCACCAACAGUCUCACACUACUGGGCUAUCUAAUCUGUCUGAGCAGUAUAGAAAAUCCAGUAGCCAAUCUACCAAUCCCGCCACUAGCACACCCACUACAACCACUACCAAUGCUUCCGUAGGUCGUGACUCGAAUGCUGCCCCCGUCGACGAUGCGCUCUGGUACUGGCUCAAGUCGCAGCAGGCGAUGCUCGGUCUGAACAAUCUCUACACGGCGUUACCCCGCGCUGCCAGCCACAGUCCACCGACACCGCCACCACCAAUGGGACUGACAUCCGUCACGGUCGGUGCCGGAUCCCCGAACCACGCGCAAACAACGCUUCCCCCAACGGCACACACUCCACACACACCGCCACCACCGCUUGUUGGCCCACCGCUCGUCAGCACACCUCAACCAACGCCACCCUCAUCGGCCCCAUCCCUCACUCCGGAAGAUACCAAGAACUCGUCCUGGUUCUGGCAGUGGUACAAAACGUUCGGUGCUUCGCUAAUGCCUGGUGGUGGUGGUGCUGCUGGCGGUGGUGCUGGUAAUACUGCGGCCGACAGCAAACAACAGCUGCGCGAACAGCAGCAACAGCAAGCCGCCCAACAGGCAGCAAUUGCUGCUGCUCUCCAUCACCACAACAACAACAACUCGCUCAGCCAACAGAACCAGAACAACAGUGCUUCCGGGCAGAAGGGCAACGGAGGGUCGGCUGCAGCGGCUGCAUCCCUAACGGCGGCCUACGAGAACAUCCUGUACUCGCAGCUAACCAAGGGCUCAUCAGCAAACGCAGUCGAUACGCUCAACAACAACCACCACCAUCACCUAAACCAUCAUCUGAGUGCACAUCUCAAGAACGAACCGAUGGAUCUCAAUAUGAGCGGUGCAAACGAUGGUGAUUCGAAGCCAGAGGAUCUCUCGAACCAUCAUGCCGGCAGUGGCAAGGAUCGGAGCAGUGCAAUGGGUAAUGGGGGAGACGAGCGACGUUCCCGGUACCAUCACAAUUCACCCAGCCGUCCUUCGUCGGCCUCAUCGGUAGCAUCUUCGUCGAUGAGUGCGCACGGAUCGCGGGACGGCGCGGACCAUUUGAUGCCACCGACGCUGGCACGUGCUUCCGAAGAUCGGGAAGACGAUGAAGUAGCGGCUUUGGAUGCUGCCGAGCGUAAGCUUAACUCAUCCACUACGGUUGUGGAAGCCACAUCCACCGAUGGAGCAGACGCUAGUGAUCUGAAAGACAACGAUGAGGAUGAGCGCGAGGAUCACAACGAAAGCGGGCAGCGUGUUAAUGAAGGCGAUGAUGCUGCUGCUCAAGAAGGCCAGCAACAGAUGCCAGCAAAGGAGCGAAAGCAUCGAUCGGGUGCUUUGAAACGUCGCCGAUGUUCUUCGGCAGAGCUGGUCGAAGCGAAGGAAGCGUUGGACAACAUUCUGUUCAGUGGUAACAGCAACGACCGCUGCUCCACCGUUAGCAGUGUGGCCGCAUCGCCACCUCCACCACUGCUUUCGAUGGUUGUUCGUGGACCAUCCACCAGUCCGGUUGGUACGGCGAUCGGUGAGCUGAACGGAGCUGGUGAUGGAUUGCUGCAUCUGGAUGGUGGCAAGGGCGAUACGACCGGGGACGAUGCUAAGAGUGAAACAUCGGAAGACUCCAACCAACGCCAGUCAACACUCACGCCGGUGACGUCGGUGGCCGUAGCAGACAUCCGCAAUUCAGCCGAAGCAGUGGAACACGGUGAAAAGUUCCUAAAGUGGCUCGAAGCCUGCAGCGACCCGAACGUAACCGCGAUGCAGGUGAUGCAGUUCAAGUACCUGCUCAACAGCAUCAAGCUGAGUGCCGAACGGCAACUGCAAAGUGCCACGGUGGGCAGUGCAUUGGCCGGCAACGGUCCCGAGGAGCGUACCCGCAUCCGGAAGCGCAAGUAA